CCUUGUUAGAGCAGUGUGGAGGGUUCUGACGUAAACAUUUUAUAUCUAUAUUUUCUGUAUUUAUAAACAUUUGAGUGAUUUUUCACUCCUCGGAUAGACAUCGUACAUCUGGGAGUCACACAAUGAUCACUUCAGCAGCUGGAAUCAUUUCCCUCCUGGACGAGGACGAGCCUCAGCUGAAGGAGUUUGCUCUCCAAAAGCUGAACUCCAUCGUCAACGACUUCUGGGCCGAGAUCUCCGAGUCCGUGGAUAAGAUCGAGGUGCUCUAUGAAGACGAGACGUUCCGCAGCAGGGCGUUCGCCGCCCUGGUGGCCUCCAAGGUUUUCUACCACCUGGGCGCCUUCGAGGAGUCGCUGAACUACGCUCUGGGCGCCGGCGACCUGUUCAACGUGGCCGACGACUCCGAAUACGUGGAGACCAUCAUCGCUAAAUGCAUCGAUCACUACACCAAGCUGCGCGUGGGAAACGCAGAGCUGCCCGAGGGCGAGGAGAAGAAGAGCGUCGACCCGCGUCUGGAGGGCAUCGUCAACAAGAUGUUCCAGAGAUGCCUGGACGACCACAAGUACAAGCAGGCGAUCGGAAUCGCUCUGGAGACCAGACGCCUGGACGUGUUCGAGAAGACCGUCCUGGAGUCGAGCGACGUCAGUGGUCUGCUGGCCUACAGUCUGAAGAUCUGCAUGUCCCUGAUGCAGAACAAGAAGUUCCGUAACGAGGUGCUCAGAGUUCUGGUGAAGCUCUACAUGAACCUGGAGAAGCCCGACUUCAUCAGCGUGUGCCAGUGUCUGAUCUUCCUGGACGACCCUCAAGCUGUCAGUGAUAUCCUGGAGAAGCUGGUGAAAGAGGACAACCUCCUGAUGGCCUAUCAGAUCUGCUUCGACUUGUAUGAGAGCGCCAGCCAGCAGUUCCUCUCCUCCGUCAUCCAGAACCUUCGCACCGUGGGAACUCCCAUCCCCGCCGUUCCAGGCUCCACCAACACCGGCACCGUGCCAACACAGGACAAAGACAGUGAUGCGAUGGAGACGGAUGAGAAGCCUGGAAGUUCUCCUGCCGGGAAAGCUGCAGACGCGGAGGACGAGCCGAAGGACCAGAACUCUAAAAUGAUCAAGAUCCUGAGCGGUGAGAUGGCCAUCGAGCUCCAUCUGCAGUUCCUCAUUCGGAACAACAACACAGACCUGAUGAUCCUCAAAAACACAAAGGAUGCAGUGCGGAAUUCGGUUUGCCACACGGCGACGGUCAUAGCCAACUCGUUCAUGCACACGGGAACCACGAGUGACCAGUUCCUCAGAGAAAAUCUGGAAUGGCUCGCGAGAGCUACAAACUGGGCGAAGUUCACAGCCACGGCGAGUCUCGGCGUCAUUCACAGGGGCCAUGAAAAAGAAGCCCUGCAGCUAAUGGCCACGUACCUGCCCAAAGACACCUCACCUGGCUCGGCCUAUCAGGAGGGGGGCGGCCUGUACGCGCUCGGACUCAUCCACGCCAACCACGGAGGAGACAUCAUCGAUUACCUCCUGAGUCAGCUGAAGAACGCCAGUAACGAUAUCGUACGUCACGGUGGCGCCCUGGGUCUCGGGUUAGCAGCUCUUGGCACCGCCCGGCAGGACGUGUACGAGCUGCUCAAAUCGAACCUCUACCAAGAUGACGCAGUUACAGGAGAGGCUGCAGGUCUGGCUUUAGGACUGGUCAUGCUGGGAUCCAAGUCAGCCCAGGCUAUAGAGGACAUGGUGGGAUACGCCCAGGAGACGCAGCACGAGAAGAUCCUGCGUGGGCUGGCGGUGGGCAUCGCCAUGGUGAUGUACGGCAGGAUGGAGGAGGCCGACACGCUGAUCGAGAGCCUGUGCAGGGACAAAGACCCCAUCCUGCGACGCUCAGGAAUGUACACGGUGGGCAUGGCGUACUGCGGCUCAGGAAACAACAAGGCCAUCCGGCGCCUGCUGCAUGUGGCGGUGAGCGACGUGAACGACGACGUGCGCAGAGCCGCUGUGGAAUCCAUCGGGUUCAUCAUGUUCAGGACUCCAGAACAGUGUCCCAGCGUGGUGUCCCUCCUGUCCGAGAGCUACAACCCUCACGUCCGCUGUGGAGCCGCCAUGGCGCUGGGCAUCUGCUGCGCUGGCACAGGGUACAAGGAAGCCAUAAACCUGCUGGAGCCCAUGACCAACGACCCUGUGAACUACGUGAGGCAGGGGGCGCUCAUCGCCUCGGCCCUCAUCAUGGUCCAGCAGACCGAGGUCACCUGCCCCAAGGUGAACCAGUUCAGGCAGCUGUACGCCAAAGUCAUCAACGAUAAGCACGAUGACGUCAUGGCCAAAUUCGGUGCCAUCCUGGCUCAGGGCAUCCUGGAUGCAGGUGGACGUAACGUCUCCAUCUCCCUGCAGUCCCGGACCGGACACACGCACAUGCCGUCCAUCGUGGGUCUGCUGGUCUUCACCCAGUUCUGGUUCUGGUUCCCGCUCUCUCACUUCCUGUCCCUGGCCUUCACGCCCACGGCCAUCAUCGGCCUCAACAAGGACCUGAAGAUGCCCAAGGUUCAGUACAGGUCCAACUGUAAACCCUCCACCUUUGCGUACCCUCCAGCUCUGGAGGUGCCCAAGGAGAAAGAGAAGGAGAAGGUUUCCACUGCUGUUCUCUCCAUCACUGCCAAAGCUAAGAAGAAGGAGAAGGAGAAGGAGAAGAAGGAGAAGGAGGAGGAGAAGAUGGAAGUGGAGACGCAGGAGGCCGAGAAGGAAAAGAAGGAGGAGGAGAAGGAGAAGGAGAAAGAAAAGGAGAAAGAAAAGGAGAAAGAAAAGGAGAAGGAGAAGAAGAAGGAGCAGGAACCCAACUUCCAGAUGUUGGAGAAUCCAGCCCGGGUGAUGCCAGCUCAGCUCCGGGUGCUCAACAUGCCCGAGAACUGCCGCUAUCAGCCGUUCAAACCACUCCACACGGGUGGCAUCAUCAUCCUGAAGGACACCAGCGAGGAGGAGGAGGAGCUGGUGGAGCCGGUGUCGGCACACGGACCCAAAAUAGAAGAGGAGGAGCAGGAACCCGAGCCCCCCGAGCCCUUCGAGUACAUCGAUGAGUGAAGAUCGUCCCUGAAGGUGGGAACUCCAUUAUAUCCCAGCAUGCACCUCUCCCGAGUCCUCUCCUCCGCCUGAUCUGCUUUAUUUUAUACGCUCCUCCACCUCAUGACCCCGGAGUCCAACGGUGAAUGUUUUACACCACUGUUCUGUCAUUCUAAUAAAAGAGUUCUGUCGGACCUGAA